GGUCCCUCACCAGGCCCGCCCGCCCCUGCCUCCACCCCUCUCCAGGGCCUCCGUGAUCCGCCGCCCUUAGGGGGCCCAAGUUUGGCGUCGGGAAGUUUGAGAGGGCUGGGCCGGCGGCUCCACGUAGUCGCGUUUCUCUGGCUGCAGCAGUUGGGAGGCGGCGGACCGGCGGCACGAUGUGGCGGGCAGCUAUGCGAUUUCGUGCAUUAAACAAGGGAUGGCCAAUUCUUGGCAGGUCACCUGGCCAAGAGACAUUUAAUAAUAGAACCAAGGGAACCCUCAAUAUGGAAGGAGCAGGCCCACCUAUUGCUAUGACUGAUGUUCGGCAUAAACUUCGGGAGAUAGUAGGAAUAUCCAAACGCUGGAGUGACCAUGUGAAAGUUAUGGAGGAGAGAAAGUUACUUCAUGCUCUAUUGCCUAAGAGCCAGAAGGAGUUACCUCCAAGGAGGAUGAAAGACAGUUAUACUGAAGUCAUUUUGCCUUUAGGAACUCAGCCUAUGUUACGGGAGAAAUAUUUGACCGUAUACAAUUGUGUAAGAUUUGGCAGAAUUCUUGAGGAUCUUGACAGCUUAGGAGUUCUUAUUUGCUAUACUCACACCAAAAUAGAUUCUGGCAAGAUGUCACCUUUCUCUAUCGUGACAGCCUUGGUUGACAAAAUUGACUUAUGUAAGAAGGUCAUAAGUCCAGAAAAUGAUAUUAAGUUCAUUGGACAUGUGAGUUGGGUCGGAAAGACAUCGAUGGAAGUCAAGAUGCAAAUGUGUCAGUUAUAUGAUACAGUUUACCAUCCUGUGUUGAAUGCAACAUUUGUAAUGGUGGCUCGUGAUCCUGAAAACAAAGGGCCAGCUUUUAUAAAUCCGCUAGUCCUUGAAAGUCCAGAGGAAGAGGAACUCUUCAAGCAAGGAGAAUUGAAUAAGGGGAAGAGGAUUGCCUCCACCACUGCAUCCUUAUUGAAGAUGGCUCCCACUGCAGAAGAAAGGCUUGCAGUUCAUAACAUGUUCCUUAGUACGCUGGACCCAAGGACUAUAAGUUUUCAAAGUCGAGUUUUACCUCCAGAUUCAGUGUGGAUGGAAGAUACAAAAUUGAAGAGCCUGCACAUAUGCCAGCCUGAGGAACGGAACAUUUUCAAUAGAAUCUUUGGAGGUUUCCUUAUGAGAAAAGCAUUUGAACUUGGUUGGGCUACUGCUUGUCACUUUGCUGGUUCCAGACCUUUUCUGGUUGCUGUAGAUGAUAUCAUGUUUCAGAGGCCUGUUGAAAUUGGAUCACUGCUAUUCUUUGCUUCCCAGGUUUGUUUUACUGAAAAGAAUCACAUUCAAGUUAGAGUACACAGUGAAGUAAGUGUCCCUGGCACUAAAGAGCACAAGACUACCAAUGUCUUCCAUUUCACAUUUUUGGUUGAAAAAGAAGUGCCAGCAGUGAUUCCCAAAACUUAUGGAGAUUCCAUGUUAUAUUUGGAUGGUCAGCGACAUUUCAUGGGCACAAUGCAUGAAAAAGCUGGUGGAACAGCUAUUAUCCAGUGACACCCUAAAAAAAUGCUACCUUUUGGAAACUGAGGAUGAGAGAACAUAUGGUAUUUAAGAAGGGUAGGAAAAGAAUUAUACUAAAUGCUAAAAAAGCAUUCUUGUCUUCAUGGAGAAGGAUCGCACCUGUCAAACUGCCAGAGAGAGUUUUUGAUAAAAAAAAACCCCAACAAACUCUUAAAAUAAUUUAAAUUGUGUUCAUAACCUAAUUUAGUACUAUAUUGCUUCCAUUUUCUUCUCUGCCAAAGAAGCAGGACAAGUUGGUUUUUCUAAACAUUUGUGACACAUUAUUUUGCUGCACAUGUCUUACAUAUCAACAUUAAAGAUUCACUGUAUCAUUUUACCAUUUCUUAAACCUUUGUUGCAUUGUCCCUGCUUUUUAUCUAAAAGUCUGGUGGGGUUUUGUUCUUCUUCAGUUCUGCUCCCACCCCAGGCAGCUUGGCACAGUGCUGGAUUUGGAGUUAGCCUCAGACUUUUAUCAGUUGUGUGAUUCUGGGCAAGUGACUUAACCUUUCUGUGGCUCAGUUUCCUUAUUUGUAAAAUGGGGAUAAUAACAGCACCUACCUCAGGAUUGUUGUUAGACUCAAAUGGGAUAAAAUACAUAAAGUGCUUUGCAAAUGUAAAUGUUAGCUUUUAUUAUUAUCUUCCCCUUAGUUUUCUAACAUAUAAGGUAGAUGAAUAACAUAUUGGGGUUAGGGAAUGCUCUAAGUGGUAGCUUCUUGUUAGCAUUCUUGAAGAUUUGUAGGAAACUGAGACAGAAUCUCCCUCCCUACUUCUACCUUUUGUAACUCCUAGCUCUCUGCAGGGCUGUGUUCAGUUGUAACCUUUUUCAAGAAGCCUUUCUGGAUUCCUCCAGUUAUUACUUCUCAUGCCCACAUCAAACAUUUUAUUUUGUAUAUAUUCUGUAUCUACUUCUUUGAAAACUCAUUCUGUUAAGGUAUAAACUCCUUGAGGACAGAGACUGUCUCACUUCUGCAUCUUUAUCCCUAGUGCAUGGUGCCUGGGAUUUAAUAAGUGUUUGUUAAUUGUUGGACCAGGAACAGACUUUAGACACAGCUAGCGAGUGGAAGAUUUGGGGCUAGAAUCAGUGUCUGCCAACUCAGCCCUAGGGUUCCUUACACUACUCUACAGUGCCUUGCUGUUAAGUCUGAUGUGGCAAAUUUAGGUUGGGCCUGAUUAUGAAUCUCAAGAUAGAAACUUGUGUAAGCCACAAAAUCUAAGCUGAGGUAGGAAUAACUGAGGGUGACCUAAUAUCCCCCGGAAGAGAAAUAGUACUUUUACUAAAGCAAGUUGUAGCUAGAGAGGAUAUCACUCCUCUCCUCUCAGUCCCUCUGUCUAACUCAGUGAGAAGCAGCAGUGGUGACUUGCAGUGAAAAUAGAUGGCAGAAAGGAGGAGCUCAAAAGUGUCCUCAAAAGAGAGGAGGAAAAGGACUAUUCCUUAAGCCCAACCUCUUGCAUUUGGGGGAGUGGGGGCAGAAUUUGAAUUUUCCAGGAGUCACAAUCUUAGAAUUUAACCCUUAUAGCAGAGAAAGGAGAUUUCUUGGGCUGCUUCAGCUUUGAGAGUUGCCUCAUGGGUAAUUCCAAGUUCAGGAGUUCCUGUGUUGAGUUUGGGCAUUGGCACCUUCUAGAGAGGAAAGAUUUCCUGAUGCAUCCUACACUUUGCAGAAGGAGAAAGAUAGUCCACACAGUUCCUGAGCAAGAUCCUGCUUGGAAAACAAAGCCAGUGAGUUUCUUGGACAGUGCAGGUCCAGAAGGGGCUGUUUUAGUUCAGUAAGUUUCAAAACAAAACUUUCUGGUGGGAGUCUGAACCACAAAGUGGUCUGACAAGUCUGGGGAAACUGUGUAGGGACUCUGGCGAAUAGACUUUGGCCUUUUUUUUGUGGGAUGAAAUAAAGGCUGUAUUAUUUGUAUGUAGA